UGUUUGGGUAAUUAAAUGAAAUAUUUUAGCAAUAUAUAUCCGAGAACAAUUUCUUUUGAAACGUUGAUCGAAUAUUACUGAAUGUAAUGAUAAUGUUUUCGAUGUAAAGACCUAAUAAAAAAAGGAGUAAAUAUGGGUUGUUGCUACAGUUAUUUUUGCAACGAUGACCGAUCAUCUCACGGAGGCGACAUAAACGAACGUACACAUUUAUUAAUUGACCCCGUAUCAAGUAAUUGUAACGUGCAAAGGGCAAACAGCGAGGAUAUUCUUUCAAGAAACUCUAAUAAUCUUCAGAAAAAGACUGAUGAACAAUCUGCAUUGAAUAAGAUACUGCAAGAAUUUGCAGUAAAUGUUAUCGAUGUAGGUGCCUUAGAUUCCCAUAAUCUUCAACAAAAUGAAUACCUGGAGAGGAUGAGGCACUAUGAUGUUAAGGUGCAACAUUGUAACAAAUCUAAGCUGAUGACUAAGAGAAAGUGUUUAUUGCAAGAUAUUCCUCUAACAGAUAAAAUGAUGUCCGUUGAUCCACUUUCCCGUGAUGAUGUUCAAAUGAUUAACACAAUAAUGAAUAACGGAGGGGAAGCAGUUAAAGUAAUCAAAGUAGAACAUAAAGAAGACCUUGUUGUUGAAUUGUGUUAACAUUGCAUAGAUAUUUUUUAUUUUAAUCUUAAUAUUCACUUGUUUUCUCAAUUGUAUUUUAAAUUCAACAAAUUUCUAAUUCUUUCAUAUUUUAAAUUGUAUAAAAAACAUGUAAAUAAUUUGUAUCCCACUGUGAUUCGAAGAAUUGGAUAAAUAUUUGUCUACAAAUAUACAUAUAAGCUAAA